UUCGGUCUGCCUGCCUGCCUGCUGGGCUUGGUCGCUGCUCUCCUCCCGGUGCGGAUUUGGGACUGGCAUCGCCGCGGGCCGGGCGAGAUGGGCGUGCGCGUGGAGACCAUCGCCCCCGGGGACGGGAGGACCUUUCCUAAGCGCGGGCAGACCUGCGUGGUGCACUACACGGGUAUGCUGGAAGAUGGGAAGAAGUUUGACUCCUCUCGCGACAGGAACAAGCCAUUCAAGUUUGUGAUGGGCAAGCAGGAGGUCAUCCGCGGCUGGGAAGAAGGGGUUGCUCAGAUGAGUGUUGGACAGCGAGCCAAGAUGAUAAUCUCGCCAGACUAUGCCUAUGGUUCAACUGGCCACCCGGGUAUCAUCCCACCCAACGCCACUCUAAUUUUUGACGUGGAGCUUAUAAAAUUGGAAUGACACAAGGCAUGGGUUCUCCCAUUUCCCUGCUGUGGGGUUUGGCACAUGGAGAAAUCCAGAAAUCUUCUUUGCUUCAAGAUGAAUGCACAUGAAUUUGUAUGGAGCUUUCCCAGCUGUCCACUACACACUUGGUGUCACCAUCCAUCCUGAUUUGAAUGUUUUGGGUCACUUGGCUCUGCUUCUGACUCUCCUUCCUCGUUUUCUUCUGAUAUUUGACAUUUUUAAGCUAUAUGCUGUAAACCUCGGCUAUCUUAUUUUUUUGGUCAAGUUCUUUAAUCUUAUUUUUUGUUGGGUUUUUUUUGGUGUAGACUUGAGUUGUGUACGAUUGAGCAUUACUAGUAAGUAUACUGAUUGGUUCACAUUAUAUAGGAAAAAUUGCUUGAACGAGGCAAACCUUUUUUUUUUUUUGAAGUAUCUAUUGUAUUAAAACUAAUUUUGCUGCUGCAAAGCCAUACAAAACAGUUUGAGGAGCUAUCGAGGGCUGAAUCAUCCAAAAGCCACAUAGUCAUAGGAGUUGGUAUGGUUCUCUGCCUGAAACUUGGGGCUAAAAGGACUCUCCCCCUGCCCCUCCUCACCACCGUCUUGGGGAAGGUCACUUCACAGUGACAUAGCACUCACCUUGUUACUCUGAGGCAAUUCUUGCCCCCAAUUCAUUGACCUCUUUUCCCCCCUGCUAAUAUUGAGGUGUGUGGUAUUUUCCACUGGAUUUUCAGUAUAUUUUUAACUUUUAGGAGUCCAAGUUCCACAGCUAGCUAAAUUCAAGGACUUUGAAGGUGCUGUUUUUCCCAUGGGGUGAGGGGCUGAAUCCGUGCCAUCUCCCCAGCUGUCAGUGCGGAUACACUAGAGAGUUCUUUACUGAGAUCUGAUGCUGGUCAUCGCAGCUUGCAACAGCCUCUUGUACAAUGCACCGAUUUCCCCUCCUGGUGUCAUACCAAUUCCUUUCUUCACGUGUAGUGAGUUUUGGUAAGAGAAUUGCCGCUGCCACUUCCUCCACCAUCACCACGUAAACAUACAGAGUUUUAUUACUGCAAUAAAAUCGCUUUACGCUGGCUUUUCUCAAUUA